CGCGCGCGCGUGGUGCGUGCGUGUGUGUGUUUGUAUAGAGAGACAUGAUCUCAUUAGCGCUCGUCUGAAGGACAGUGAGAGCUGAGAUAAUCCAUUUGGCAGACGGAAGAUUGCUCAGUGGAUGUGAGCAGGACCAACUCAAUCUUUACCAAGACACAGAGGGACAGCUGGUUUGACUUCUUUGAUUCAUACGGAUAAUUCUUCAUAAAAUAAUUACUAAUAUUAUAUUCUGUAAUGACUGCAUGAAUUGCCGUAGCAGUGUCCCCCCAAGCGGUUACCAGGGAAGUCUUCAGAUUGGAGUUGAGCGCCUGUACUCAUAGACCUAAGGGUACAAUAUUGUAAAGUGCAUUUGGUCCCUGCUGUUUUUGUUGUUGUCCUCCAGAUGUGUGUCAACAUGGCGACAGGUGUGGUGGCUUUGCUCAGCGCGUGGGUUGGUGUGUGCGCAGCGUUUAACCUCGACACAGCGUUCUCACUGCUGAAGACGGGCGGAGACGGGAGUCUGUUUGGACUUUCGGUCGCUCUGCACCAAGACCUGAAGAAGGGCAGUUACCUGCUAUUGGUGGGCGCGCCCAGGGAGAAGGCCGAGACUAAUGUUCCAGCCAAUCGAACAGGAGGAGUGUAUAGCUGCCCGAUCAGUGCUGACCAAUCAGAGUGCAGCAGGCUGAAGCUCAUAGACCCAAACGUGAAUCUGUCUGAAGACCUGAUCGAAGACAUGUGGUUGGGCGUCUCAGUAGCCAGCCAGGGCAGACCUGGGGGGCGGGUCCUGGCAUGCGGUCAUCGAUUCGUUAAGCUCUAUGGAGCAUUAAAGCUCAGGCACAUGAUUGGACGCUGUUAUCUCCGUGGAAACGACCUCCAGUACGACGUCACAGACAUCCACUGGCAAAACCCAGACCAGCCCUGCAGUCACUUGGGUGAUGUCAGCAGUGAGGUCAUGUGUAACGUCGGAAUCUCCGCCUCCAUCACACAGACUGAGGUCAUAGUCGGCUCACCUGGAAGCUACGAAUGGCAAGGUAACGUCCACAUAUCCUGGAUGAAUCCUCAUGUUGUCUUCGACACCCAAAGAACUUUUUUCCCAAACCUGCAGCACAGAAACAUUUAUACAGGAUAUUCCGUUACUCAGGCUCAUCGUCUUCUCUCUCAGCAUGAUGAAACCAUAGUAACAGGAGCUCCUAAAGACAGUAAAGACGAUGCUCGUGGCUCAGUGCUGCUCGCUGUGAAGCAGUCUGACAAACUGAAAACCCAGCAGACUCUACGUGGUGAACAGACGGGCUCGUACUUCGGUAAUGCCGUGGCUACCACCGACCUCAACAAUGACGGGUGGAACGAUCUGCUUGUGGGCGCUCCCUUUUACUUCCAUCGUCAGCAGGAGGCAGGUGGGGCAGUGUAUAUUUACAUGAACAGGCAGGGUAGGUUUGAUUCUCUGCCCAGCGUGGUGCUGAGAGGACCAAGUGGAUCUGCGUUCGGUAUGGCUGUUGCUGCUGCUGGAGACCUGAACCAAGAUGGCUUCCAGGACUUUGCAAUUGGAGCUCCUUUCUACGAAACAGGAAGUGUUAUGAUCUGGUUGGGUAGCCACGUUGGAGCCUCUACACAGCCCAGCCAGGUGAUCCUUGGCAGCAAGGUCUCUCCUCUGUUCAGGACAUUUGGGUACUCUUUGUCUGGAGGUCUGGAUGUUGACGGGAACAAAUAUCCAGACCUGCUGGUUGGCUCCCUGGACGACACUGUCGCUCUGCUCAGAACUCGUCCAGUCGUUCAUCUCAAUAAAACCAUCAGAGUUUCUCCAGAUGUCGUUGAUCCAAGUUCUUGUGACUUUUGUAUCCUGGUGGAGGUGUGUUUCUCCUACAUGUUUAGCACUGGAGAGCGGAGUGACAGAGACAACGUCACCAUCCACUUUGCCAUCGAAGCUGACGUCACCGGCACAAAGUCCCGCCUCCUUUUCCGUGAAAACGGGCAGAGUGUGUACUCCGGUUUCCUGUCGAUGCCGAAUAAACGAUGUGACACUCGGAGAGUCACACUACUGAGUCCAAUCCGGGACAAAGUGAGACCGCUGGUCUUCUCCUUGAACGUCUCUCUUUACCAAAGGUUUCCAAAGAAGAAGAAGAACACCGUACAGGACCUGAAACUCCUCCCUGUACUAAGCGAGUCGCCCCAAACCAUCAGAACCCAGAUUCACAUACAGAAGUCCUGUGGUUCUGAUAACCGUUGCAAUAGCAAUCUUCAGAUGACAGCCCAGUUCACAGAUCAGAACCAGAACCCCUUCCCAGUACAAAAGGGCCAUCAGCUAUUGAACUACAACGAUGGCCUUGACAGACUGCAUCUGGAAGUCAAUGUCACUAACAAAGCGUCUCUGGGUCGCGAGGCAGAGGACGCUCACAAUGCCGCUCUAAACGUCAGCAUCCCUUCAUCGCUCAUCUAUUCUGGGGUCCGAACAAAGGGUGACCUCCAGGCGGUGAUGGAGUGUUCUGUUGAGGAUUCUGUUCUUCUGUGUGAGCUGGGGAACCCGUUCAAAAGCAACCAGCAGGUUCAGGUGUUGAUCAUAUUUCAGGCAUCUGGAAUCACUUUAGACACCAGAAGGAUUGAGUCUCUGCUGCAGCUAUCCACGUUCAGUGAGCAGAUGGAUCUGUCUCCUGUCUUUCUCUCCAUGCUGGUGGAGUAUUCUCUGCAAACAUCUCUCACUCUAAUCAACCCUCCAGGUCCUGCCUCCUUUAGGGGUCAUGUGACCGGUGAGUCUGCCAUGGAGGAGACGCAGGAUGUCGGCAGUUUGCUGCUCUUCACCUUUCUGGUGCACCUGAGUGGGAAGCCGCUGGGUCGCCUAGGCAACCUGGAGGUAGAGUUUGAUUGGCCAACCGAGGUGACCAAUGGGAAGUGGCUGCUGUAUCUCACAGAGAUCAAAGUGAACGACUCAUUAGAGAGUCGCUGUACGCCACCUGGCAACAUCAUCAAUCCCCUCAACCUACUGCUGCCAAAGGAGGAGAGGAAAAUGAGGAGUUCAGAGGAUCAGGUGGACAAAAACAAGGAGCAGAGAGGAAGAAUUCUUCCUCUCUUCCACCACAUGAAGAUUUCUUACAUUCUGGACUGUUUUCACGGGGCAAAAUGUGUGACCUUCGUUUGUCCUCUGACCAACAUGAAGAACACAGCUACUGUGACCCUCAAAGCUCGACUGUGGAACUCCACCAUGGUGGAGGACUACAGCGACGCGCACAGUGUAUUGGUUCGAGGCAGAGCAACUCUAAAGCUGCAGACGAGCAAACCCACCAUCAAUAUGAAGCCUCAAAGCACAGAGAUUGAGGUCCAUAUCUAUCCAGACUGGGGACAGCAGUCGGUCUCCAGAACCCCCAUGUGGAUCCUGGUAGCCUCGGUCCUGGUGGGGGUCUUACUGCUGUCUUUGAUCUGCCUGCUGCUCUGGAAGUGUGGUUUCUUUGUGCGUCAGAGUGCCUGGCGGACCUCGGCGCUCCACCAGGGACGGAUUAUGGGUAAACAUGAGCGGCAGCUUCGGGACACUGAAGACUUCCUGAUUCAAGACCAGGUCUCCUCAUCCAGGAUGUCAACCAAACACUGGGUGACCUCCUGGACUGAGACGAACUGAGACGCAGAAAGGAAACACACCCGGCACCUUACCAACCCGGACCAUCACCCACUGAACAGAACAAACACACUGCUGUUUUUCUAUAAAUGAAUGUGUAUGGUUGCUUUGAACUACAUUUUAUAGAACAUUUUGGUUAAAUGAAAAGACAUACACCAAGUUUUAAAGGUUAAAGGACUCAUAACAUAAGCAUGAGUCACGUGUGCCACACUGUAAUCGUGUAAGAGCUUUUGCUGCUUUCAGGUGGCUGACGGAUCCUGUGAUGUUUUUACUUUAUAAAUUCUCACUGCCUUUUUAUGAUUGUGAUCAUUCUGACGCCCUCAAAGCAGCGUAUGUUGUGUGUCAUUUCGUUGACGUGUGAUUCUUUUUUUAUAUAUUAUCGGGUCUCUAACAUCUACACCCUCGUUGACAAACUAGCUCAUUGUUAACAAAUGCUACCUUGUUAUUGUCAUAGUGGAAAUUGUAGCACUUUUCUAUGUUUUGAAACUGCUUAUUUUACAAAAAUUGUACUUUCUUGUUACUUGUUGUUCUGAGUUUGUAACUUUACGGUUGAAAUGCACUUAUUGUAAGUCACUUUGGAUAAAAGCGUCAGCUAAAUGACAUAUGUAAUAACAUAUACCACUAUAUAAACUCAACUUGACUGUCAUUAACAUACGCCUCCUCAUUAUAAACAAACUGCCUCACUAACUUUUACAGACAAAGUCAUUAUAGCGGGUCACCACAAUUGGACAGUUGAAGACUGGAAAGAUGUUGCCUGCUCUGAUGAGUCUGGAUUUCUGUUGAGACGUUCAGAUGGUAGAGUAAACAGAAUGAGAACAUGGAUCCAUCAUGCCUUGGUACCACUGUGCAGGCUGCUGCUGGUGGUGGUGUCAUGGUGUGGGCUAUAUUUUUUUGGCACACUUUAGGCCCCUUAGUGCCAAUUGGGCAUCGUUUAAAUGCCACGGCUUACCUGAGCAUUGUUUCUGACC